GGGCAUACGCAGAGAGCUGGGGUUUGCAUUGGCCCACAUCUUUCAAACAGUGCAUGUUCUUCUGUAGACGUCUUCCGCCUUCUCUAGUUUCUGCCUCCUUGUUCACUCGAGUUCAGUGAAGUGAAGGAUGAGGAAAGAAUUCAACCUUUAGUAACAGCACGAAAAACACCACACUGCGUCAAAUUGAAGAUCCAACAUUCAGAAUGAACGUCAUCGUGUGUUUGGGAUUUGUGCUGGGUGCCCUCUCUGAUGCAGCCACGGUGAUCCACUCAAAACCCAGGCAGAGCGUCACUUUGAAGUGUGGGGUGGACUCCUACAGCGGAAGCCUGACGUGGAAACACAAGGAUGAAAUGAUUAUUCAAAUUGCGAGAUCCGGCCCCCCUCGCAAAGGCCCGGCUGCCAUUAAGCUAAGGUCAAGGCUGAGGGAUGAUAAGGAUCUGGUGAUUUCUGAAGUGAGGAAAGAAGACGCUGGAGCGUUCACCUGCGAAGCAGACGGGAGCCGCCACGACCACACGCUUCUUGUGGUUUCAGUGUCAGCCAGCCCCUCAGAGGAGCUGCAGCCGGGCGGCGAGGUGAGGCUCAAGUGUGAGGUCGCAGGCCUGAGCCCGGACUCCACUGUGCAGUGGAAGGGGCCGGACGGACGGGCCCACGCGGGGCCAGAAUUCCACCUGAAUCCCGUGGCCGCCUCGGACGCAGGGGCCUGGCACUGUGAGUUCUCCCACGGCGGGGAGACGUACAGAGAGGAGCUCGCCGUCCGAGUUAAAGAACCUGUGUCUUCAACAUCCCCCCCUGUCCAGAGACCAGAGGACAACAAGGACACACUGUGCCCCGGCUGCGGCGCUGAUCCUCGCGGUUGGGGGGGUCCGCUCGGCUGGUGGCUGUGGGCUGCAGCAGGAGCCGGUUGCGUGGUCGUGCUCCUCCUGACGGCGCUCGUCAUCGUCUUCUGCAGGAGGAUCAGGAGACGCAAGAGGAAAUUGCAGCAGAUGAUGAAGAAGGGCCAGAGAUCCGCGAGGCCCAAGACGUACUGUCAGUGUAACUGCCGGCCAGCCGCGGAGAAACCACAGCGAGGACGUCAGAAGGGGAGGCCGUCCACCCUCGCUCUGAAGCCCCUGCUAAUGGAGUGAUGGGAGAGACGGAUAGAAGAGAGAGGGACGAGGGGACAGAGGAUUAGGUGGAGAUAGAGAGAGAGAAAUGUGAAAGAGAACCCCUGCGAGCAAGUGGCCUGAAUGUAAAAUGGACUUUUGAAUGCCGGUGGAAAUCAAAUCAAAAUGUAAAAGUGUGUUUCUCACCGAAUAUAAUCUGUAGUUCUUCCUCAUGUAGCGUGUGAACAAGUAUCUCUGUGUCCUCCAGCUUCCCCACCUUCUAAUGUUCUGCAUAACAUCCAGCUGACUUCAGUAUCCCUUCUUUCUUUGCUGUAUUUGACGUAUGCGUUGUAUAGUUUAUGUAUUUUUCUUGUGGGUUUUAAAAGGCCUGAGUAUUGUGCUGAAACGUGUCCCCCCCCCCCCCCUC